CUUACCUUUAGUUACUUACAAUUGCAUUCGCUGCAACAUCUACGUGAGGGAAAUACAGCAUACAAGCACCGCUGCCGCGAAGCCUACGACCAGGCUAAGUUUACAACCUUUAUCUAUUCGUCAAAGCUUACCAAAGACAUGUACUUCACAGACCCCAACUUGUCCUAGAUAACUCACAUUAAUGCCGAUCCAUAGGGUACUGGCCAAACAGUCCAUCAGCUUUUAAGCAGGAUCCAGCUUCAGCCCUUAAAUGCUUCCCAAGCGUUUGGUUUAGCUUCUGUGCCAUAUGACGCCCGAGCAACAGCCUCAGAACGGGUCACAUGGGCAUGUAGAGCAAGGCCCUGGCCCUCCAGCAGGUCAUGUUCGACGGCAAAGCUCUAAUGUCGGUCUAAGCAGCCAUGGAACAUCACACAAGCGCCCGGAAGUGGACCGCUCAGACUAUGCAGUUGGCCAGACGCUUGUCGCAGUUGUAAAUGACCCCAGGGCGGAUGCCCAAAAGAAUUGGGGUACCUGGCUAGGCUUGGGCUUUCGAGUUCCAGAUGUCAGCUGGCAAGAACCCCCGCCCCCCAUCGACUCCAUGCGAUAUCCACCCAUUUCCCACCGCGACUUGGCCAAGUACUUGGCGCUGGUCUCCGAAGGUCGCUAUAAACAAUUCCAGCAGGAUCGCCAAAGCCUUGCAGUUGGCGGCAUUGCACAGCAGCUCGGCGACACGGACGACGAUGAUGAUGAGCAGGAUGACGAGGAUGGCUUGGCGUACCUUCCAUACGGACAGUCAGAGCAGGGCUCAGCGGAAGGGGAAUACAGCGCGGAACAUGGGCGCGCAGGGGAGCAUGGCGGCAGCAGCGGCGGCGGGGGCAGCAGCAGCGGCAUGCCGCCGGGGCCCUCCACAGCAGAUGGGGACCCGCAGCAGCCCCAGCAGCAGCGAGAGGAGGAAGAGCGGGAGGAGCAGCAGCAGCUGCGGCGGCGGAGGCGGGAGAGGCCACCGCGGCUGAAGCAGGGCGAUGGGCUGGUGACAGCGCUGCAGGUGGUUCCCCCGCUCUUCUUCAAUGAGGACUUCUCCCUUAGCAGACCCGACAUCUUCGAGGCCAUCUGCGGCUGUGAGGACGACGGGGAGAUGUACGAGCGCAUAGACAAGCUGAGCGCAGCCCUGGACCUGGUAGAGACGCAGCUGAUGCGCGAGAUCGCCUCCCGCUCCCGCGCCAUCAUGGGGGCGGGCAGCUGCGUGCACCACCUGCAUGCGCGGGUGGCGGGCACUCGGCAGCACGUGCAGAGGAUACGGGACAAGCUGAGUGACAUGGACGAGGUGACCUACUCCGCGACGCUGCGGGUGGCGGCGCUGCAGCGGCGGAGGGGCAACCUGGCGGCAACACUGGAGCUGGUCAAGCAACUGGAGGAGGUGGCAGCGGCGCGAGCAGCCCUGCCGCUGCUGCUGGAGUCGGGAGAUUACGCAGCCGGUCUGGAACUGCUUGACAAUCUGUCCCACGCCGCGGGGGCGCUGGUGGCGGGCGGCGUGCGCUGCCUGGCCAGUCUGGCCCCGCAGCUGGUGGAGCGGCGGGGCGAGGUGGAGGCGGCGCUGCAGGCGGAGCUGCUGGGGGC